AUGCCCGCCUCUGUUCACUCCGAAGAGGCGCACGAGAAUGACCAGUCCAUGAUGGACGCCGAAAUGGAGGAGCCGGUCAACCCCAUCUUGCUGGAUGAGAAGCGUGUCAUUAUUCUGCCCGGCUCUACCGACACUGCUGCCUCGUUCCAAUUCGAAGGCGAAGGUCACACUCUGGGUAAUGCGCUGCGAUACACCAUCAUGAAGAACCCCGCGGUGGAAUUCUGCGGUUACACCAUCCCUCACCCGUCCGACGCCAAGAUGCACGUUCGCAUUCAAACCGACAAUACAACCACCGCCCUCGAAGCCCUCGAGAAGGGAUUUGAUGAUUUGAUGGACCUUUGCGACGUUGUCACGGAGAAGUUCACUGUUGCUCGUGAUCAAUACAAGGAUGACGCUGCCUACGCUAUGGAGGGGUAG